AUGGAUUUCGACCUUUACUCAAGCGAUAAUGAUGAAGAGUCAUCAGAGAUGUCGUUGGGUGUGUGUGGUUCUUCAGGGUCCUCUGAUGACGACGACAGUACUAGCUUAUUUGGCAUAGGAACAAGUCACUCGGAAUCGAACAAAGAAUCGCAUCGCUCAGAAGGGGAUGUUCACGGCAAGGUGCCUGUGUUACUUACCGCAGAGGACUUCUUGCAUACAGUUUUCACUUCUGAGGAGGAGGCCUACAAUGCUUACAAGGAGUUUGCCUGGACAAGGGGGUUUGGUGUUUGCAAGGGGGAUGUGGGACGGGUUGACGGUGUUUUAGUGAGGCGGGACAUCUUCUGUCAUCGUCAGGGCACGAGGAGUGACAAGCAUUAUGAUAGGCCAGAACGAGUAAGGGAGGAGCGGCUGGAGAGUCGCACGGACUGCAAGGCAAAAUUGAAAAUAUACUAUGAUGUGCAUGAUAAUGUGUGGAGAGUGCGAAAGAUUAUUGAUGAACACAACCACGACAUGGCUCCGGCUGAGUUUUGCAACCUGUUGCCAAGUCACCGAAAAAUGAGCGACGGGGAUAAGGCUCAAGUGAAUAGCAUGAAGCAAUUUGGAAUUCCUACCUCGAAAAUAAUGGCUUACAUGGCAGGCCAAUCGGGUGGCUACAGCAUGCUUCGGUUUACAAAAAGGGAUUUGUACAAUUAUGUUCACAGUCAACGCCGAGCACGAAUCUUGGAUGGGGAUGCAGCUGCAACUAUAAGCUACCUAGAGGGGAAGGCAAAUGCGGACCUUAUGUUAGUCGCCAGAUACACAACGACUGUAGAUAAUCGGUUGGGUAGCUUAUUUUGGGUGGACGGUAUCAUGAAAUCCGAUUAUGAGUUGUUUGGUGAUGUCCUUGCAUUUGACGCGACAUACCGUGGGAACAAGUACAAGAAACCUCUGGUGGUGUUCUCUCUGCUAAUGAACCAUAUGCGAAGCCAGAACAUUGCGUGCGGCCUCCCCGGAAAUUAUGUUUUCUUCCUAUCUAAUAGACAUCUCUCAGUUUAG